CUCACACUGGCGAACUUUCAAAAAUUAUUUUUUGAAUGUUCGACUGGUAUAUCAUGCGCAAGUUCCUACAGAUGCCAUUACCGGAGAACUAUGACGAUCGUCUAUGGAUCACAAAGAUCUUGAAUCAUAUGAGCUAUGAGGAAGCUUAUUUACGCCGACAUGAAAUUCCAUUCCGUCCACCGAAAAAAGAUCGAACAGCGAAUAUCCAUUGCAAUUGGGUGUACCUGGUGGAGUGGGAACUAUUUAAUGGACAAUUCAUUAAGACUUGGGAGCUAGAAGACUAUUUGAUUCACUUGCCAGAAUUAGAUAUCUAUAAAGAGAAAUAUGGUUUGGAAGAGGAAAGAUCCAGAGUUUACAAUUUGUGCCACUGGACCUCUAGCGAAGAUGAAGAAGGCGAGGUUACCGUAACCAAUACAGUCACUACCACAACAUGAGAAAUAGAAAACUGGGUGACGACUGCACUGCCUCAAAGUUAUGUAUAGCGUGCAUACAGUUCUAUAUAAUAAAAUUGUUGAAUAUGUUGAAUGCAAAGAGUUCUAUAAAUUGUUCUAGUAACCACCAUGCGGUCAAUAAAAAUUCC